UUUUUUUUUUUUGUUGCCGGUUCGUACUGAAGGAGGCAGAUUUCCAAACCCAUGAUGAAGCUAAAACCAAACCAGACCAGGACAUACGACGGCGAGGGUUUCAAGAAGAGAGCAGCAUGUCUGUGCUUCAAGAAUGAACGUGAAGAAGAGGUUCUGCUGGUCAGCAGCAGUCGUCACCCGGACCAGUGGAUCGUCCCCGGGGGAGGGAUGGAGCCAGAGGAGGAGCCAUGUGGUGCAGCAGUGCGAGAGGUGUUUGAGGAGGCUGGUGUGAAGGGCAAACUGGGACGCUUGCUUGGUGUAUUUGAGCAAAACCAAGAUCGGAAGCACCGGACGUACGUGUAUGUGUUGACUGUGACAGAAACCCUGGAGGACUGGGAAGACUCUGUCAACAUAGGCCGUAAGCGGGAGUGGUUCACCGUGGAAGAGGCCAUCAAAGUGCUGCAGAGCCACAAACCCGUUCACGCCGAGUACCUGCGGAGGCUCCAGCUCAGCUGCUCCCCAACCAACGGAAACUCCAUCCUCCCAAGCCCCUCACCAAACGACAACUACCCCCAUUACAGUGCUACUCCCACUACGCCCUCGACGGGCAGCGUGCUGGGCUCCUCCUGCAGAUAGGACUGCACCUCAAUCUCCUGUCCCAUCUAUCUGGGACAGUUUACUCAAAGUCUGUACAGUCUCUUGCAUGAAUCUAAUGACUUUUCAGAGUUGUGGCUCUCUUGUAUGUAUAGUUUCUAAUUUUAGCUGCAGGACAGACCAAAGCCAUUGCCAGAGCUGUGUUAAAGACUGAGCAGGAGAAGCUGGGAAGGCUCGCAUCUCUGGCAGAGAAACUGUGAAGAUGGCUAACGAGAACACUUUUCUUUUGCUGGCAAAUGUCAGAAUGAGGAGCUGAAGUUUGGGAAGAAGAAGCUGCACACUCUGCUGGUACAAUUGACCUUGUGAAGGAAUGCCUUACAGAAACUUUGAAUGAAUGUGGGAUUGGGGUUGUUUUAUUUCACUAAUGGUUCUUUUUACUUCAUUUUAUUUGAAUGAAUAUGCUGCACGGACAGUAAAAGGGUAGUAGACAGUGUUAAUUGGUAAGAGACCCAAGCAUUGAUGUUUCAAAAACUGACUCCUAUUGCAUUUUAAUGUAAAAGUGUGAUUCCUUUACACCACGUAACCAUUAACUAAUGAUGUUUUUCUAAGAAAAAUUCAGUUAAUUUACCUAAAUUGGUAUUUUCACUUAAACUUGGAUGGUGGUGUUAACAAAUGCAGCUGGAAUGAUGGUACUGGAGUAUUUCAAUUAACAAUUAACAUGUUUAAAAAAAAAAAAAAAGUUUCUACCUCAGUGAUCCUAAACUGGAUGUGAUGAUCAUGUCACAGAAUCCUUUGAUAGCACUGCUGUGUUUAUAGUUAAACUUCAGCCAGUGGUUGCAAAGUUAAGUGUCAACCAACCUUGACUGAUCAAACACGCUGGUCUGAUGUCUGUUUAUGACCGCAUACCUUUCUAUCAGUGCUUUGUGUUUCCCUCUGCAAGUGUUCAGCAGUGCAAAGUACCCCCACCAUGUCAUGUUUGAAAAGUGGACUGCUAUAAUUUACACUGAAUGAAAAUGAUUGUCUGUGUGCUUUUUUUUUUUUUUUUUUUUUAACCAGCAGCAGUUCUAUCUCUUGAAUCCUGGUGCUGUUUCAGCAAAUUGGAGAAACUGUCUUCUAAUUAAAUUUCCAUAUACACGAUGAUUGCUUUGCCCGCCAUUUGCAUAGGGCUGUAAUUAAUGCAACAAAUUAGUUUUUCCUCUUUUAAAUUUUUUUUAAAUGCUUAAGAAUCUGUAAAGAUCUAUUCAAUGCUGGAGGAAAAAAAAAUCUACUGGUUCAGGGGGUUAACUUGUGCAGCGUAAAAGGGUCCCUUGUCAUAGUUUGAUGUGGAAAAAUGAAGAAAAGGUACAUUUUUAAUCUGAUAUUUCUUAUAGUUUCCAACCUUUCCCCAAAUACUCCAAAAUAUUUUUAAAAAAGAAUCCCAUCUUUUUCAAAGUCCAAAGAAAAGUGGCUCAUCUGAGCUGUUAAAUAACACAUUUCCUCCCUCGAAACAGACUCCUACUCUCUCCUGCUUUGACAGCUGAAUGACGACUAGUUACCACACAGAGAUUUGUAAAUAGCUUUGAGGAGAACCAUUGAUAAUGUGUUUUUAACCUGAAUGAAGCUGUAAUUUUUCUCUUUAAUGUUUUAUAUAUUUUUUAACAAUGUACAAAUGGCUGAAAAGGACAUGUAGGAACACGCGUCCCGUCCCCUGUCCCCCUGACUGAGUACGCACAGUACAGGAUGUUUGUAUCACACACGAUGACGUGCCACAGGUUUAGGAUGUGAAGGGUGGCUGGUUUGUGGGAAUACAUCAUGCAAUCGACGUCAUAUUGUAUUGAUGCAUAUAAACAAGGAUUUUUUUUUUAAAUUUUAAAUGCAGAUGUAUGAAAUGUGCAGAGGGUUGGUGUGAUAGAGGAGGAUGCGAGGGAUACGGUGAGAUUAUCCGCUGUGGUGACCCCUAAAGGGACCAGCUGGAAGAAGGAAAAAAAAUCUGAUUUUGAAGAACGGUAAAGGUCACAUGAAUGUCUUUGGACAAUGCAAACUGUAUUUCUUCAUUGUUAGCUUUAGUAGGAGUUCAAGCAUAUCUCCUCUUAAGAUUUUACCAACGACGCAGACUUCACGCCUCGUCUCCCUUUACCUUCCAUAUCGACGCUGCUCUUUCACAAAACCUUAUCUUACAGUAUCAUAAACCGAUGCAGCAGUUCAGCUCUCAUAAACUUUCCAACUUGUUUCUAUGUGUGUGUCUAAAUGUGUGUUACAGGUCGACAGAAUCCGAUGUGCCAAAUUAAAAGAAAAUUGUAGAUUGAUUGGGGGGGGGACUUGCUGUCAAUGUUUUAAAGAUCUCAAACACUUUCAUAAAUUCUUUGUGUAUUUCACAAUACGAUCAUUAAUGUGAAACAUACUUCUGCAUCCCGACUGCAUCCUGCAUUGUUCAGUUUCUAAUGAGGCAGUGAUUCUUUACCUCAUGCUGUUUUGAAGUCUGCAUAUAAUUGAACAUAGAAGACUAAGUCGGACUACAAUAUGAACAUGACACCAACUUGACUCCAUUAAUCCUGACGUUCUACAGCUUAACAUAAACUCUCAGAAAUAUCGCUUCCUCCACUUGUUGAGAUGCUGUUGGAUGCUUGGGGUCUUUGUUGAUCUGUGACUGGUCUUACUGUAAACAAAGCAAACUAAAGAUUUGGCAUUGUUUAUCUUAAUAUGCACAGCAGUGUUUCACGUGAAAGUGGUUUAAAGAAUUGGACAGGAAAGAUUGUUUUGGAGAAUAUUGCAUUAAAGGGGGAAAAAAAAAAUCUUA